AUGAAUAACUUCGCCUCGGCUCUCGGCAGUAUAACGAACAUAAACUUCAUUGCGUUAACCAGAAAAUUCGAAGAUGUGCAUCGGUCCUUCUCAGUGGCGGAGAAGAUGAGUUGGGCAUCGAGAAGAGAGACAACCCGUUUAGAGGAUAAGGCCUACUUCCUCAUGGGCCUGUUCGAUGUGAAUAUGCCGCUGCUAUACGGAGAAGGUGAAAAGGCUUUCUUUAGGCUUCAAGAAGAAAUCAUCAAGAAGACUGAUGACGAGUCGAUAUUUUCUUGGGGCUAUGGAGAACCUGCUCGGUUUGAAGGGGGGUUGUUCGCCAAAUCUCCGGCCGACUUUCUCGGGUGCCGGAAUGUCACAAUAGUCGAGACCGCGGGCAACACCCCGCACUACUAUCUAACGAACAAAGGUCUGCAUAUUCAGACACGAUUCACAAAUACGCUACGGAGGAUGGGAACUUUCAUCUACGCCAUGCUACACUGCACGGACAGAUAUUUAACUUCGGGGAAGAAUUGCAUAGCUAUUCCCCUCUACUAUGUGGGCAACCUCAUCAUCCGCCCACCUGGUGCCGUACCUCUGUUGAUUGGCGAAGCCGACCUCGGCACAGAAGCUGUCUAUCUUUAUAUCCACGUCUCCGGAAGUUUCGACAGCUUCAAGACAGACUUCCCAAUGCCGGGACAUAUGUUAAGACGGGUGGAAAAGUCUACAACUGUUCAGUUCACGAGCGCCCCAGGCAACAUUAAGCUUGCUGAGGUGUACCCACCCAGCUGGUAUCCGCUGUGUACCACAUCAAAGUCACUGAUAGUAGUACAAGACUUGGCGUCACCAACGACAACCGCCACUGUCUGGAUGAGAUUUUGGGAUCUAUCAUCUGGCCUCGAUUUCGCCUUACGACUAGAUCUAGAGUGGGAGUUGGUACCUUCCCACAGACCAGAUCAGCUUGGGCUAGCGCUGGUGUCCGUACAACCACUUGUGAAACUCAUACCGCAGGACAUGUAUCUAUUCGACGAGGUCUUUCAUGAUGGGCUAUCAGUAUCGGAGUGGGGAGAGAAGAUAUCAUGGGGCGAUGGUGAGCUGGGUGCUUCCUGGGCCCAGGACGAAUUCGAUUCCAACAUUCGGUUAACAUUGCCUCCUUCAAAAGGGGAUACGAUUCUGACAAAGAAAGCUCUCUCAUCUGAAGAAGCACGAAGAAAAUAUUCCAAGUUCAAUGCUGUGCCAUCCUACUCUAUUAGCGGCAUGCGCGUGAGCACCGUUAUCUGA